GACGCCGACAUGGACGACAAGGCGUUCACCAAGGAGCUAGACCAGUGGGUCGAGCAGCUGAACGAGUGUAAACAGCUUAACGAGAACCAAGUACGGACGCUGUGCGAAAAGGCUAAGGAAAUUUUAACAAAGGAAUCAAAUGUGCAAGAGGUCCGUUGCCCUGUGACCGUUUGUGGAGAUGUUCAUGGUCAGUUCCAUGACCUUAUGGAACUCUUCAGAAUUGGUGGGAAAUCACCAGAUACAAACUAUCUAUUCAUGGGCGACUACGUAGACAGAGGUUAUUAUUCUGUGGAGACUGUGACUCUUCUUGUGGCAUUAAAGGUGCGUUAUCCAGAACGCAUUACAAUAUUAAGAGGAAACCACGAAAGCCGACAAAUUACUCAAGUAUAUGGCUUUUAUGAUGAAUGUCUACGAAAAUAUGGAAAUGCUAAUGUUUGGAAAUAUUUUACAGAUCUAUUUGAUUAUCUUCCACUGACAGCUUUAGUAGAUGGACAGAUAUUCUGCCUCCAUGGUGGCCUCUCUCCAUCCAUUGAUACACUGGAUCAUAUAAGAGCCCUGGAUCGAUUACAAGAAGUUCCACAUGAGGGUCCAAUGUGUGAUCUAUUAUGGUCAGAUCCAGAUGAUCGCGGUGGGUGGGGUAUUUCUCCACGUGGUGCUGGCUACACAUUUGGACAAGACAUUUCUGAAACAUUUAACCAUGCCAAUGGUCUCACACUGGUUUCUCGUGCUCACCAGCUUGUGAUGGAGGGAUAUAAUUGGUGUCAUGAUCGGAAUGUGGUUACCAUUUUCAGUGCACCCAAUUAUUGUUAUCGCUGUGGGAACCAGGCUGCUAUCAUGGAAUUAGAUGACACUUUAAAAUAUUCCUUCCUUCAGUUUGACCCAGCACCUCGUCGUGGAGAGCCUCAUGUGACUCGGCGUACCCCUGACUACUUCCUGUAACUUCUCCAGGGAAAACUGGCCUUUGUAUGUGGAAAUAUACGUGGCUUGUAAAAAUAUAUCUAUAUUCAAAAUAAGAGAAGCAACAGUAAUCUGUGUGUUUCUGUAACAAAUUGGGAUCUGUCUUGGCAUUAAACCACAUCAUGGACCAAACGGUGCCAUACUGAUGAACAUUUAGCACAAUUUAAACUGAAACUCAGUACAGCACUCUGUCUUAGAUCAGCCCCUCGACAGUUUGCCUGCUGUAUUUGUAAUGACUAUUUUCUGCUGACUGUUCAAACAAAAAGGUCACUAAUUCCUCCAUCUUCUUUUGCACUUAGUUGAGAUUUUAGUUACAGUGUUUAACUGGCAUGGAUUAUUAAAGUUGGAGUUUUAUUUUAAGGAAAAUUCACAAGCUAACUUCCACUUAACCUAUGACCCUUUAUUUUAUUGGAAUGUGUAACUAACUGAAGAUUCUUCUUGGGAGUAUGUCGUCAUAACAUUUAAUGAGAUUUCCCUUCAUUUAAACUACUUUUAUGUUGAUCUGCAUAUUUCUGUAUAUUUUUCAUGUCGGUGCUUGCAUCCUAUUUGGUGUACUGAGCAAAUAAACUCCAUUUUAAAUAAAAACA